AAUUAUAAGCUUCCGUCGGCACCGCUGCUCUUUCUGGUGGCAACUACUUCCCACCAAAUAUCUUCGUCCCACACUUCUGUUAAUAAUGUUUUUUUAAAUCUAUUUUUUAAAAUUACAAACACUCAUCACCUUAAAAUAUAUAUAUAUACAUACAAAUAUACACACAUAUAUAUUCCAACCUCGGUCCUGUACUUGUUUAAUUAGCAUUGUUUAAUUACACCUCUCUAUCUAUCCUUCCUUAUAAUUCCGAGAAGGAAGUGUGUGUGUGUAUAUAUAUAUAUAUUAUAUAUAUAUAUAUAUAUAUAUAUAUAUAUAUAUUUAUAUAUAUACUUGCUUGCUAGAGAAGGAACACUAAGCCGUAUAUAUUUUGGUUUGAAAAAAAAAAAAGGAAUCGCGACGAAGUAUACUACGAAAAUAAAUUACAAGAGACAAGAAGGAGAUCUGUUUUUAUAAGACGGUAAAAAGAAAGGAAUUUGUUUACAUUAAAUGGAUUACAUUUUGAUGUGAGGAAAAAUAUACCCGCUUCAAUUUUUCUCUGGAUAAUUUGUCUACGAUGAUGGUUAUAUUACGAGGAAAUACCAGAAAUAUAUAUAACUAGAUCAUUUAAAACAUAUAUAUAUAUAUAAAUUUAUGUGUGCCUAUGUAUACGUAUGUGAGUGUAUGUGUUCAUUUGAAAGUAAAUUUGAGAGGCGAUAAGGCCAUAAAAGAAAUUAAGGCAAUAUGAACAAACUAGAUUCUAUAUUACAUUCGGGAUGGAUGGUGAAAUCCCCUCCACACCAAGAUCAACAUAAGAAGUUAGGAUCAUGGAAACUAUUCCAGCCUAAAUGGAAGCGGCGUUUUUUUGUGUUGUUCAAGCCAGCAGCUAGCUUACCCGAACAGUUUGUACUAAACUACUAUGGAGAUGAGCAGUGCCGCAAACGGAAAGGUCACAUUGAUCUGGAGCAAUGUGAACAGAUAAUCGAAUCGCUGGAUGUCGGAGAAUACCCGAAUGUACUCUCGAUCAAGACAAUCCACAAAGGAAAAGAAAGAGUGUACUUUUUGGCCACCGAGACAGAAGACGACAUGAUCACCUGGGUACAAAACCUUUGUUAUGUCUGUGGCAUGAAACAAGAAGAAAAUCCCACUGAUAUUCCCGGUCCACCACAGCCACCAAUGCGUGUAGACUCACAUCGAUCACAGACAUCAAACACAUUAACAUCUCAACCUAGGUAUCAAGCCGGACCAAAUUUACCAUCUAACAACCAGGACUCCCCGUAUCUUUUUAUAUCACAAUGUCACUCAGGACAGACAUCAAAGACAUCAAGUGAGCGGCACCGUUCCAGUGUGGAUAGUAUACCCGAUGAACUGGCUCCCCCACCACCUCCAGCAAAACACAAUAACUACAUGUCAGGGGAAUCUAUCACUGAUGCGCACUAUGAUCAUCCACGGUCAUGUGAUUCUUUUGUGGAAGAUGAUGGUGUCUACAAAACCCCUCCAAGUCGAAACAUGACAUGGAGCAAUGGGGAGGCUUCAAUGAUGUAUGAUGUGCCUCUCGCUACUCGGAAUGGAUUUUCCCGGGAGAGAUUUUCCUCUGAAAGAUCUUCUUCAGAUAUGAAGGAUGUUUUUUAUGAUGUCCCCCCGAGAAAGUCAGACCCGAGUGUGUGCUAUGACACCCCUCCCUUAAGAACAUCGAGCCUAGACCCUAAGGUGCCAGCACGGCCACAAAGGCACAUGUCCAAUUCAGAAGCUUAUCAGAAUAUACCGUAUAACAGCAAAUGCUAUUACAACACAUCUUACGGUUCUUCGUCUGUAAACCUUCGUGGGCAACCCCCAAGACCUGCUCCCCGUGGUCACAGCAAAAGCUAUUCUCUCAAGACCUCGAGUCUCGAUGGAGAAAAUCUUAAUUUGAACUUAUGCCCGCCCCCUCCAUGUGGUUCUCGAGACAACCAGCCUUCACAUGGCUACGUAAAUGCUCCUGCAUUAGGUUCAAAUUCUGUGAGUCCAGACAACCCAGAUGACCUCUAUGUACCAAUGGAAGGACCCACCCAAGACACAAUUCGUGGUAGAUUAAGCGCUGAUCAAAGCUUUGUUGAUGCCAAACCUUAUAACUGUGUUGCAAUGAAUGAGGCUGUUUACACUGAUAUGUCUAAACCUGGUCCGUGUGCAGGAAAAGAGGCAAUAUGGCCAAAUCAGAAUCAAGCAGACACAUAUAGUAUAUUUGGUACAGAAAAAACACGGAGUUUCAAAAAGGUCAAUAAUUCAACAGUGGACCGUUCUUCGUCGUUAGGAAGCCAUGCUUCCCUGCCAGUCACUCAGCCGAGAUUACCUCGAAAAAAGCAAGCCUCCAUUGCAGAUGGCUCUUCAUCCUCUGAUGAAGAUGGUGAUAUAGCAAUGACUAAACAAGGAAUGCGUCAGAUAUUACCAGCACCAGGUAAACCAGACUGCGGAGAGUUGAAAUACUUGGACUUAAGACUUGACGACACUGCUGAGACCCCAAGUGGACCUCCUCCUUCUUGUGAAUAUCGGGAGAUAGACUUUGUAAAGACCAAUGCUUUGAGAAAUGUAAAAAAUGCCAGGGUGCUGGAAUAACGAUGAUGGAAUUUAAUAAAAAAAAAAAAAGGGGGAACAGAAAAGCAAAAAAAAAAAAAAA